AUGAACUUCCGAUGCUCAAUCGUAGACUGUUACUGGUAUAUGAAGUGUUUGCCGCUUGCAGGUCGAAAGCUGCUGUGCGUGGACCCAUCUUACCGCAGUGUCCUCUUCGACGUGAACACGUGCCGAGUGGAGACCAUUCCCUACUUCCACGUGCCCAAGCAUUCGCCCUUGCCCUGCUUUGUCCCGCUCCCAUCCAGUGCUGAUGCCGCCGCCGCCGACGACGGUAAUGGCAGCUUCUACAUCAUUGAGGGUCGUCCCUAUCAGGAGGAGCUGCAGGGAGACGACGAGCAGCUGAGCAAUCAGUUUGAGGCUUUUGUCUACAAAUGCGAUUCCAAGUCCUGGCAGAGGCAGUUCCUCCCACCGCCGCCAUUUAUCCAUGACCCUAAGCACUACGAGAACAGCAAGCACCCCGACAUCACCUCCUACGCGGUGGUCGAACGAGGCGGCUCCCAUGUCGUCUACGUUUCGGCGGAUGGCACUGGCGCCUACUGCUUGGACACGGUGACACACACUUGGAGCCAUGUCGGCGACUGGAUGCUACCCUUCACAGAGGACUGGCAACUGGGCGCUGCUGACCUGUCCACCAUGGACUCCCAGUCCCAGCCACAGCUAGUAGGCACUUGGAAGGAGCUCGAGGUACCUGGAGACUGGAGGGAGAUGAAGCCUCCUCAGCUUGUCAACCUAGGCUCUGGCAGGUUCUGCAUCACAAGGUUCUUCUUCCGUGCUCUACCGAAUCCCAUGUCCUAUGUGAAUCCGAUGGCCUACUGUGAUUCUGAAUAUUUCACCGUCUUGACUGGUAUCGAUGUGGUGCCAUGUGUCCAUGACGCCCAUGGGACUGCCAGUGACACCUUUAGCGGUGGCAAUGGCAGCAAGGGUAAAGUGCAGCUCCAAAUGAUCAAGCACAAUUCAAGACGCCACAUUUCUUAUGGCAGUGUUGGUAACAUUGAGGCGAUGGGUCUCUCGCGCCGGUUUCUGAACCUGAUCGUGGACAACCGCACCAUCCCUGGAGUCAAAUCGCUGUGCUGCAUGGACCUUAACCUGCGCCGCCACAGCUUGUUCGACACAGCAACACCGCCGGCACGCAAGAAGACAACGACACGAACACGAGCACCCAAAGGAAACGCCUUGGCCUUCAACAAGAUCCAGCUUCCCAGCCCAAGCUUCAAUGUGCGGGCAUCAGAUUCCGAUUUGACGGACCAACGGAUUGACUUCUUCCCGGCGGCGGCGGAUCAGAGGGUGUUCUGCUUGGACCAGCUAGGGCGCGGGUUCCUGCUGGAGGCGGACACGCCCCGCAUGGAGGGUUGCCAAGCCAGGGCCGAGGGUGUCAGCGGCGGCGGCGGCUUUCAGUUCGAGGCCUUGGUCUACCGCAAGCCGAACUACUCUGGGUUCCUGUCCAAGACCUGGCACCGCGAGCUGGUCCCGCCGCCGCCGCCAUACGUCCAUGGCGGCGGUGCCGGUCACAGCUGCCUAGAAAUCAACUCCUACGCUGUUGUCAAAGCGGGCUCUCAGAUCUGCGUAUCCGUAGACGGUAACGGCACCUACUGCUUGGACGCGGCGAGCGACACCGGCACCUACUGCAUCGUGACGGACACCGCCACCUACUGCAAGGACGACGCGUGGAGUGAAGUGGGCAAGUGGACGCUGCCCUUCCGAGGCGAGGUUCACUACGUUCCCGAGCUCAAGCUCUGGUUUGGCUUCGCUGCCGAGGACCAGAACCUGCUGGCUGCUGCUGACCUCUCCGCCAUGGAUUCCCACUCCCAGCCACAGGUCCUGGAGUCUUGGAAGGAAAUCGAGACACCCAAUGGAUGGCAGCAGGUACAGGACCCUCAGCUUGUCAGCCUUGGCUCUCGCAGGUUCUGCAUCGCGAGGUUCUUUCGCACCGGCACCGCCAUGGAUGAUUGCCAGAAUGUUACGGUCCUGACUGGUGUGAAGGUUGUCCUAUUCAUUUACGUGUUGGAUUGCACGCGUGCUGGAUGCCUAACAGAAGUGGGGAUGGUACAUCGUUUUCAGGGCAAGAACGCGGACAGACAGACGCUGGGCAAGCAAUGGUUGUCACAGGCGGAAGCCCAAGCGCAGGAAGAAGAAGCAGAGCGUGGCGAGGACGACGGCGGACUCGAUCACCCACAGCAGGUGGAAGACGACGCUCUCGUACAGGCGGCGGAGGAAGUCGACGCGCGGGAGGCCCGCGGCGGCCCCCUGCCCGUGCCCGUGCCUCCGUCAGCGCAGCGCGGCGGACAGCUCGCGGACGCGCAGGGUCCACCGCGGCGACGACUGCUGGCCGCCCGCGCCCGGUGUCCCGGCCACCGUCGCCAUCUUCUUCCGCAGCCACUCCCGCUUCCUCCUGCCGGCCAUCGGUUGGUGGCGCGAUCGAUCGAUCAACUGUUGCUGCCGCCGAGAACGAGCUCUCUGCGUCGACCUGAUCCUGUCCUUGAUCAAACGCUUGCCAGCUAUGCUAGGCGUCUAGGCGAGUCUACUCUGUGCGGAUCCACUCUGUGCAGAGCUUUUUAUGUUGGAGGGUGGUCGGAUCGUGACGCGGUCUUGCAACCGCGUGUUGACGAAUUCUUGGAUAUCAUAUUGGAGUAG